AUGAACCGCAAAAACGCCGUUGGCAAAAACGCCCGGUCGUCGACUGUCUCUGUGGGGCUCCGCCCCGAAGAGGGGCCGCUGCUGCCGGAGAUGCCGCCGUUUUUCCCCGACCCCGUCGCCCUCGACGCGGAGGACCGUCACCUCGUCGUCCUCCGCGAUGCCCUCUUCCAGCGGGAGUAUGAACAGAGCACCAAGGCACUUCUCUACCACGUGGAAAUGCAACUGGAAAAACGAGAGAAAGAGGAGGGGAGUCGUAGUGGAAGUUGCACCCCGGCCUCACGCCUUAGUAGUGUCGAUACCCCAGGAAGGGAUGUAUCUCGCACAGCCUUGUCUCCACUCCCACCAGAACCUGCAACAGAAUCAACACCUAUACCACCGAUUCCUUCUGAAAGAAAAGAUGUUGUUCUCAGCGGGAGGACACCAUCAGUUUUAAAGUCAAAAGGUUCUAAAAAAGGUGGUGUUACUGAGGAUUCAGUGGAUCCCCCACAAAUUGUCAACAUUGCAGGGGGUUCUAUUGCUUCUGUCAUUCUUGCAAAUGAUGAUAAUGAGAUAGGACAAGAUGUAACUAGUAAACAAGGAAAAUCCGUUCCUGGUGUUGUUUUUGAUGAAAGUGAAGUUGAAGGAGAUCAACAUCAACAGGAGCAUCGUUUUCGUACACCAUUAACAACACCAGAAAUACCAGUCUAUCUUACACAACCUAUGCCACCAUCGCUUAUCACAUUAGCUGAAGAAAUUGGCAGAACAAAUGCCACUCUUGAUACAUGUGCUGCGGUGAUGACUAUUCUUCAAGCUCAGGAACAACAUGGUGGAUCUAUUAUUCCUUUAUUAUGUCCUGUACAAUCAGCAGAAGCGACUGUGGAGCCACGAAAAGCAACAGAAACUGCUUCUGUUAUUACUCCAUCUACUUUUUCUUCUGGUAGUCAACGUGGAAAGACAUCAAUAGCUGUUCCUCCCAUUCGUUACGUUUCUACAUUUCCUCUUAUUGAUGCAUUUGUAUUGGAAGCGGAGCAAAGAGUCGCAGUGGAAAUGUUUUGUGAAGAUAUUUGUGAAAAUAUUGUUUCCUUAGCAGCAGAAAUUUAUGUUUCCCGGUGUUUUGAUGCUUUGGCUACCAGUUACACAGCCUACUCUGUAUGGGAUGAAUUGCAUGAUAACGUUGUUCGCUCCUUUAUUCCUCGUGAUCCAGGUAAACCACGGUCAUUAGAGUCGGAACUUGAUUCCGCACUUGCCAUUAGACAAGUAAAAAAUAAAAAGUCAAAUAGUGAAAAUGUAGUUAAUGCGAGAAAUUUUAUUCUCCCAACAACAGGGUCAAUUAAUGGAUCUCCUCCAUAUUUUGGUAUGCUUCCUAUUUGGACAUCCUCACCAUCGUUACUUAGUGCUGAAGCAAUUCUUUCAUUUCAUCAGAAGGCGACAGUACCUCCAAAGGUAUUUUCUGGUAAAGACGAAGAUAAUAGUAGCCAUAUCAAUAAAAGUGAUAGUGAAAAUGAAAAACCAAAGAGUAUAGUACAUCGACCACUAAGUUCUACUUUUUCUCGUCUUCUCGAUGCAUCCUUGCAGGAAGGUCAGAAAAGACGUGCUGUAAAUGGGGUUAUCGUGACAGAUUUUUCUCCCCGAGGUAAAUCAAAUGAAGCAUGGAGAGCGACUGGUUUUACUAUUGAAGAAGAUAUGAAAAAUCCUGGUGACCCCCCUGAUGCCAUUCCAUUGGAUGAUUAUGCUCGAUACGUUAUUCCAAAAAGUGAGGACGUAUUAAAGAAACAACAACAAGAAGAAGAAGAAAAGAAAAACAAAGAAGAAGAAUUAGGUAGUCGAAAAGUACAACGUCGUCGUGUGAGUCGUAAGAGUCAACGUUCAUUGAGUGGUCAAAACGUUAGUAAUCGAAAAGAAGGUGAAGGUGAAGUUCAACAAUCUGUAAACCCUCAUGGUUCAGAUUAUAACUCAAGUCAAAUGAUUAAAGGUAAGAAACGACGAGGAAAGCAGUUACAACAAGAACUUUCUGAUGCUGUUACAGUUAGUAUUGGAGGUGGCAGUACAACACGACCUAUAUCACCUGAAUUUAUGGGAGAUGAUAACUGGACGAAGGCAUUACGACAUCUUCCACGUGGUUACUUAUCAAUGGUUGGAACUAGUAACCAAAUUACAAGUGGUCGAAACCAAACGACGGAGAAUCUUGUUCUUAUAGAAGGGGAUAACGCAGUUACAGUUGCUUCAAAUGUGAAGAAGCAAAGAGGUACUUCAGCUGAUGGUGAUAAUUUAAGUGAUAUUAAAAAGUCUAGAAGUCGUAAUAGAUCUCUUUCUCCUACAACACAAGCAAGUACAAGAAGUGAUGAUCCCAAGACAACACUUCAGGUUAAUAUUACUCAUUAUGGAACUGUAUCAUUUAAUACAAUACGAGGUUCUGUAACCACGAGUGCAACAACACAGAAUCGUGGUAUCACGUCACCUUUCCGUCAGGAAAAGAAUAAUAAGCAGAAACAGCAACAAACACAAUCACAAAAAGAAUCACAAAAACAAGAGUCACCAAAACGUAUGGUUAAAUCUCGUGAUGGUUAUACUUUUCUCUCACGCAAGGAGCAACGACGACAGGAGGAACGUUUGCGACGUCAAAAAGAAGCGGCAGAACAGGCAGCGUAUGAGAAUAUGUUUUUUACGGCACCUCCACCACCGGUAAAUACAUCAGCUGAAAAUGCUGAAAACACGGGUAGUAAUCAAGAAACUAAGAAAACACAAACGCAACCACAAUCACAACAACCGUUGAAGAUUGUUCCUGAACCUGGUGUUCUUAUUGAACAGUGGCCUACCGCAUCACCUGAUAAGAAUACGAAAUCUGGAGUGGUAAUUAAUACUAAAACACGUUAUCGCCGUGGUAAAGAAACAGAGACUGCACGUCAAGAAACUCAAUCAGGAGCAAUAGUCUCAGACGGUGGUGAUUGGAUAUUGCCAGAUGGAAAAUACCGUUGGUCUGGUUUUGACCCUGCAAACAGAGAAAAGGCGGCGGCAGCGGCAGCAGCAGCUACAACAACAACACCAGUAGUAGCUGCAGCACCAGUACCUCGACCAGCAGUGUCAAUUUCUACAGAAGGAAAAUUCAUUUCACAACAGAAGAGUUCAGAGGAACGUGAAGAAGGGAAAGUGGAAGGAAGUACAACUCAAAAUAAAGAAUCUUCACCCAAGAAUAAUGCUUCUACGAGAACGUUUCCAAAGCCUGUAGCUCGACCUAUUAGACGAGCUCCACCAGUCAUUGUUACCACACAUAAAGAGGAAGAAAAGCCGAAACAAAAAUCUGAGAAAGACAAAAAAGUAUCCGAUAAAGAGUUGAAUGAAAAAGCAAAAACUCUAACUAUGAAAAGAAAUCGCGCUGCUAAGAGUUCACCAUUGCGUGUAACAUUGCCACGACUCCCUCCACAACUUCAACUUUCAAACGGUGAAAAUGAACCACUUUCAGGUAGAAAAGGUGUGAAAACCCCUUCGGCUGUUGAAGAGAACAAGAUAAGACUCUUAGCUUCUAUUCUUCAAAAUACUAAGGGUAUGAUGGAAUAG